UUGACAAUUAUAAAUAAAAUAGAGCACGGUGUUUCGGUGUUGCUUCGAGAACUUCAAAGAACACAACAAUUUCUAGAAUUUACAUCAGCUUUUGUGAAUCAUUCCAAACGAUAUAUACCCACGCUAUAAUCCAUAUUCAACCAGUGUCACAAUACUAUACGUUUGGUUAACCUCAAAUAAGUUAUAUUAAUUGAAAACAUGGCUUCGAGUAAUCCUGGCGGUAACAACCCUAUUGCUGGUGCCCUGACGUUCCCCAGCAGGCGUGAGGAUGUCCAGCGUAUGGCGGAACAACCUCGGCAGCCACGGAAUUUACAGGGUCUCCUCAGAUUUGCUAUGGAAGCAACGAAGGCUGAAGAUGCGCCAGGCAAUUCAGAGUUAGGUCCUAUGGAUGAAGAGCGCAAACGAUUCUUAGAAGAAGCCCUCAAAAGCCUCACAGUGGACGUAGCAAAGGUGCUACAAGAUGCCAUAGCCGUGCUGUCAGAUGCGGACAAGAUACACAGUGUUCAACUGGGGCAGUCGCUGCCCGAUGGGAUCAAUCAGGCCUUCACAAGCGUCAUGGACUUCAUUGAUGACAUUGAUACUGCCAAUGAUUUCUACAAGCUAGGCGGUUUCUCCAUCUUCCCCGUCUGCUACGGCAGCGAGAACGAAGAAAUCCGCGCGCGAGCCAGCGGCAUACUGGCAGAACUGUGCCAGAACAACCCCUUCUGCCAGUCGCGAGCGUUGGAGAGUGGUCUACUCAAUGUGUUACUGGCUUUAGCUAGGACAGAGCGCGGGGAAGCGUUGGCGAAGUGUGUGUCUGCUAUAUCUUGUGCAUGUCGCGAAUAUGCGCCCUCCUGUCGAGAACUACUGUCCCAAGGGGGUUGUGAGACCAUAACCACCGUGUGCGGGGCCACGGACGUCCGUGCGAGAACGAAGGCCGCGCUGCUGGCCCGACACCUGUGCGACCACUACCCUGAGGCCAGAGAAAAAUUCGUGCAGCUGAACCUAGUAAAGACAUUAGCAGAACAGCUGUCAGCGGGCAGAGAUGCAUCAUCAGAACACCUUCUGAACACAUUACUCACUCUUCUGGCUGACUUGGAUGAGAGAGUUCUAGCUCAGUUCCGGGACCCUGGCUUAGGGCUUAAAGGUAUCCUAGAAAGGCACCUAAAACACCCCGACCUGAAAGACGACACGUUCAGAGAGGAAGUGGAGUACUGCCAGGAGAUCCUCUGCAAGGUGUUCCUCAACAGGCCAGACGUGGUGCCAGCCAAUGAGGAGGCCGACAGAUAGGAGAUAGGUUUCACCGACUCUUAGGAUGAGGUUCUCGCUACGUUAGGGUUUUUUUUAGCUUUAUGCAUAUCAAAUAUGUUAAAAACAUGUGAGAUAAUUAAGGGUUGGCAACUGUCAAAGGUUUACAUAGAUGGCGCCAUCCUAGCUUGCCCCUUUUUCUAUGAGAUUUGGCUUAAAGGGCUGGCAUCCAGGAUAUUAAAAAAACUAAAAUUUGACACAAUUCUAGGGAUUGACAGAGCAAGCUUUGAUGGCGCCAUCUGCUAAAAACUUCCACCGGCCAACCCCAUUUUAUUCGUGAGCAGUAUCAAUGUCGAGUUAAAGUUGUUUCAUUAGGCCACAAGAUGGCAGAGCAUCGCGCACGGUCCCUAGUGUAUAAAUACAAGGUGUUAAAAAUUGACUUAAUUUAUUUGUAUGUACGAGAGAGGAGUUUUAAGAUCUAAUAUAAUGGUUUUUUAUAUU